AAACAGUCACGCUUCACAACACAUCCAUGUCUGAAGGUGUAGAGUUUUCCUCACCACAAAAAUGCCUUCCGCACCUCGCAAGCAAUCCAAGACCUACAAGGUGCCUAGCCGUCCCUUCGAGUCAGCUCGUCUUGAUGCUGAACUCAAGCUUGCUGGUGAAUAUGGUUUGAGAAACAAGCACGAAAUCUGGCGUGUCGCCCUUACUCUCUCUAAGAUCCGUCGUGCUGCUCGUGAGCUUUUGACUCUUGACGAGAAGGACCCUAAGCGUCUUUUUGAGGGUAAUGCCAUCAUUCGUCGUCUUGUUCGUUUGGGUAUCUUGGACGAGACCCGUAUGAAGCUUGAUUAUGUCUUGGCUCUUCGUCUUGAAGACUUUUUGGAGCGUCGUUUGCAAACUCAAGUUUUCAAGCUUGGUUUGGCUAAGUCUAUCCACCACGCUCGUGUCUUGAUCUACCAACGUCACAUCCGUGUUGGUAAGCAAAUUGUCAAUGUCCCCUCUUUCGUUGUCCGUUUGGACUCUCAAAAGCACAUUGACUUUGCCCUUACCUCUCCUUACGGUGGUGGCCGCCCUGGUCGCUGCAAGAGAAAGCACCUCCGCGCUCAACAAGAGGGUGGUGAAGGCGCUGAAGAAGCUGAAGAAGAGUAAAUUAAACGGUUCUAAUUUUAGCACUUAUGUGCACAUAGAAGAAUGUAUUCUACCCGGUUCUGCUUCUUUGCCUUAUAUAGGAAAAAUAGUUUGAAGGUCUAUUUGUGAUUGCAUAUGGAAAACGUGUUGUGUUGCU